UAUACUUUGUGUUAAUUCUAUGUGCUUUUUUGAUACCAAGUUUAUUAACAUACUACUUAAACCUCGAACCAAUUUAUCACAUGUAUCCAGAAACAUACCGAUACUUGUACUUCAGAAAUAAUGAAACGUUCUACCAAACUUAUAUACCUUUCUAUACCAAUAUUAGCGGAUAUUUGUGCGGCAUUAUCUGUUCGGAUGUGUUUUUAAAAUUAGUAAAUAAUAAUAAUAAUGCUACACAGAAUUAUCACAGAAUUCUCAAGUAUAAGCUGGCCUGGUGGUCACUCAUUCCAAUGUUUUUUGUAUUAAUAUCUAUUGGAACUUUAAUGAUGGAACAAACUUUUGAGAAGCCAUCUAUUUUUGUUGCAAUUUUUGCAGGAUUAUACAAAAAUUUAUGGGUUAUCAUAUGUGGAUUAUUUGUUUUUGGCAUGUGCUUUAAAAUGGGAGGAAUUUUUCAUAAAACGUCAGUGCUUCCAUCGUCUACAGUUUUAGCGAAAAUAUCUUUCCAAGCAUAUCUAUGGCAUUUCGCCAUUCUGCAUUUAAUGGCUACUUUGUAUAGACCUCCAAUUUACAUUAGUCGGCUUAAUGUGAUAACAAUUAUUAUAUGUAGUUAUAUUUUUAGCAAUAUAGUAGCGUUUUUUAUUACAACAUGUUUCGAGUACCCGAUUAAUGGAUUUAUUAAGAUGUCUAAGCGAAGAGAUUACAAAUUUAGAAAUAAUAAUAAUAACACUUUAGAACUAAAUAGUAAAUAA